UUUGGUUUAGUUACAGUGCAGGAACCUCAGGGAAUGCACCUAACAAGCCUGUAACAGGAAUAAUGUUUUCUACUCUGGGGGUUUAACCUACGUUACUAUAUGGGACCUCUGGGACCCCCCCCCCGCUGGACACAUGUUACCUGGAUCAGCCUGAGACCAUGACACAGAGAUAUAAGGUUUCAUCUGGGGAUAAAGCUUGAAACGGAUGGCCGGGGACACAAGGUUUUUUGGGAUUCAUUUCGUACUGCUGUGCUUGGUGUCAGGGUAUGGGGUUGCAGGGACGAUCCUACAGGGCCCAAGCAACGUCACGGUGCUGAGCGGUUCCGAUGCCACGUUUCAGUGCACCGUGGCACCAACAUGGUCAGCCAUCACGUGGAUCUAUCAGGGUGUUCAGAUUGUCAGCAUAAGCCCAAGGGAGGUGACUGUUGACCCCAAUCAGAACAUCGUUGUGCAGAACUUCACAAACUCUAUAACUCGAGAUUUUACUUCUAUCGUCACUUUUAUUAAUGUCCAGAAAAGUAACAGCGGACGUAUUCAGUGCUUCAGUCUCUCAUCUACGAACCAAGAGGCCUUUCUGUCCGUACAGGUGAAAGGAUCGUUGGACAUAGCCAAAACUAGUCUUUCGGUCACCAUAAAUACCACUGUAGAUGUUUCAUGUGGAGCCGUUGGUUGGUCCCCCAUUCCGAUUAUGACCUGGGUGCUAAACAAUACAGCAGCCAGUUCUUCAGAAUAUACAACCACAUCUACAGAGAUCCAAGGAGGCCUUUACAACGUCAACAGCAUUUUAAAACUAACUCCUUUAGGCAACACCAGAGUGACCUGCAUUGCAAGAAUAGAAACAACACAGCAAAAUUCCACUGUGAAUAUUACGGUCACUGCUGCUGCCGCUGCUGCUUCCAGCACAUAUGACAGAACGACUGUCAUCAUUGCAGUAACUGUCACACUUGGCUGCAUUCUGCUCAUUGUGCUCAUCAUCGUCGUGGUUGUAUGCUGUUGCCGUAAGGAGAAGCAGAGAGAAAUGAGUUACCAGAGUACAGCAUGGGGAGCUUCCGCAAAGAAUUCUAUUGAGCAGACCUAUAAGGAUUACAACUUUGAAUAUGAGCCAGACAUUUCAGAAGUCCAACGUCCUUUACCAAGUCUUCCUUCUUUAAUAUACAGCUCAGUAUCUGCCCCAUAUACUGUUACAUUGGACAAAGACUCCUUCUCACAGGCUCCGGAAAAGGGUUGGAAUGAUACAUUCCUAAGAAAGAUAAGGCAUGUCACACAUGUUUAGAAAUCCGUUGCUGAUAUAAAAAUAUAAGACUUAUCGGCAGACACUCACGUGGAUGUCCACUAUUUGGGAUGUGGAAAUAUGGAACCCGGAACAUGGAAUAUGGAACCCGGAACAUGGAAUAUGGAACCUGGAAUAUGGAACCUGGAACAUGGAAUAUGGAACCCGGAACAUGGAAUAUGGAACCCGGAACAUGGAAUAUGGAACCCGGAACAUGGAAUAUGGAACCAGAACGAAGGAAGUAGAGGGGUUCUGCCUUAAGCACUUUAUCUACUAUACUAAAUGUGUUACAGUAGACAUGGUGUGCAUAUUACUACUAAACGGAAUGCCUAUGGAGGACUAAGCAGAAUUAUACUAUAUAUAGAUAAUAGAUAAUGGAUAAUAGAUAAUGAUCUGUUGUUUGAAAGGAAAGAUCUAAUUGGUGGCUAUGGGUUACUAUUUGUAAAGCUUACAUUGUGCAUGUUAUUUCAUUGACCAAUAAGAAACUGAGCGCUAGGUAGUGUGGUAGGAUGGUAGCUCCAAUGGAGACCCCUCUCUCUUCAUCACCUCUGGGAUAGGCUAUUGUCACAAUUAAGAAGAAAGAAGACUUCUAUCAGGGCUUCAUGUACAUUGGUACCAGAAAUCUGCUUGGGUUACACUAACCCUAUUCCCACCGGAUGUUCCAAAAUGGCGUGACCAGGGGUGGUGAGAAAACCAGGAUGUCAGCUUACAUGGAUCGCUGACUUUUUUAAUUGUAAUUGUAAAAUAUGUUUAUUGUAAGUAUAUGUUUCAGAAUCCACAAUAAAACACAAUGCCAUAACACUUUAA